AUGGUUCUCCCUCAUUGCAUCAUCGCAAUUCUUCUCAGGACCAGCGGUAUUUUCAGUUCACAGCAACUGGUGGUAAUUGGCAACCCCAAUGGUAGGGGUCUUACUACCCUACACUACGAUUACGGAAAAAAAGUUUUUCCUACGCUCCGCAAUAAAAGAAUAUACGUGGCACCGAAUCGCAAUCCAAAAACUGGCAUUUCCGUUACGAUUUACUGCUCUAAAAUCUACAAUGAUAAAGAAAUAAUGUCUGUGGUUACAAAGAAACUGAUUCCGACCAAGUCCUCCAGAGUUGACAAUGACGCAGCUAUGGCCAAAAAAUGUGCAGCUUAUUUAACCAAUCAAGAUAGUCUAAGUAAGAGCGCUCCUGGAAGAAGAUUGGUCCUGAAGAUGUCGGAUGUUUUGAACGCAAAUAUGUGUGAUAUACGCCACAUAGGGCGCUUUGCUGGAGAGAAUUUAGUUUUAUUAACAGGAAAAAACAGUUGCAUAUCCCCGAGCCGAACUCACAUACCUCUUUCUAUUGAUAUGGAUGGGGAGGUUCAGGUGAAAGAAUUACUAUACAAGGGCCAAGCAAUUAUGGGCCCACAAGGUGUGGGCGUAAGAAUGGCAAUGGGUUUGUACCUGGAAGAACUACACCUCUUCACACUAGGAGGUAGCGCAAAUCCAACUUGGAGUUUUGUCACAAGUCCCUUACAUGAAUUAAAUUCUGGUAACGGGCUCAAAAUCUUCAAAUUCAUCUUUGCAGAAGGUGGCGAAUUCGACGCCUUCAGGGACUUGGUUAACCGGAAUGAUCCAGGUACCUUCUCUAGUCUUGCGGAUGCUAAAAGCCAAGGGUCGAAAGUUAUACUUCAAAAAACAAACAGCGCAAUAGCCAGUCAAAGACAAAGUGCGAAUAAAAAUUUUGACGUUGAAGUAAUACGUGGAAAGUUAAGCUGCCCAAGUACUUCUAUAAGAGGUGGCAAACUCGAUAGAAGCAGUCUAUAA